AUGGCUGGAUCGAGUGAUGCCAUUAUCGAGGCUGGCUCGCAUAAGUCGCCUGUGACUGAUAUAAAGUUGGCUGGGGAUGAUGGACCUAGGCGUGCGGAUGGGAUUUCGGGAUUGUAUGAAGGAAAUGUCUUCGAGGCAUCACCUGAAAACCGUCGUCAACUCGGUGUGUUUAGUGCCUCGCUGCUAAUCUUCAACCGGGUUAUUGGAACGGGUAUUUUCGCUACGCCUGGCACUAUCCUUGCCUUGUCGGGUAGUGUUGGUCUCUCGCUGUUUAUGUGGGUAUUUGGUACUGCUAUUGCCAUGGCUGGCACGGCAGUGUAUUUGGAAUGGGGAACUGCAAUUCCAAAAAACGGAGGCGAAAAGAACUACCUCGAAUACGUAUAUACCAAACCCAAAUUCCUAGCCACAGCCAUGUUCGCAGCCUACGCGGCCCUACUAGGCUGGGCAGCUAGCAACAGCGUCGUCUUCGGCGAGUAUAUUCUCCACGCAGCAGAUAUCGAGGUCGGCAGAUGGAAUCAGCGUGGAAUUGGAAUGGCUUGUCUUACUGCUGCUUUUCUCAUCCACGCUGUUGCUCUGAAAUGGGGUAUUCGACUUCAGAAUCUGCUUGGCGUUGUCAAAUUGAUUAUUAUUCUCUUUAUUAUUGUUGCUGGGUGGAUUGCUCUGGCUGGUCAUACGAAGGCUCCCACGCCGCAUAACUUCUCUGAUGCCUUUGCUGGUACGAAGGGGAAUGGGUAUAGCAUUGUGAUGGCGUUGUAUAAUGUUAUUUGGUCGUUUAUUGGGUAUUCGAACGCUAAUUAUGCCUUGAGCGAGACGAAGAAUCCAGUUCGCACGUUGAAGAUUGCGGCACCGGUGGCUAUUGGAUCUGUUGGCAUUUUAUACAUGCUCGUUAAUAUCGCCUAUUUCGCCGCUGUGUCCAAAGAGGAAAUGCUCAGCUCUGGCAGCGUGGUUGCUGCUGUGUUCUUUGGAAAUAUGUUCGGCAAGCAGGCUGAGAAGGUCAUGUCGGUUUUUGUGGCUCUUUCUGCGUUUGGAAACGUGUUAUCCGUUAUAUUCUCGCAAGGCCGAAUUGUCCAGGAGCUGGGUCGUGAAGGCAUAUUGCCCUUCUCCAAGAUCUGGGCUAGCAAUUGGCCCUUCCACUCUCCAGCAGCGGGUCUGCUUGAGCAUUAUAUCGUGUCUGUCAUCAUCAUGCUUGCUCCUCCUCCUGGUGAUGCCUACAACUUCCUAGUCAAUCUGAUUUCAUACCCUCUCUCUAUUGUCAACUUCUUCGUCUCCGCCGGUCUUGUUUACAUCUACAUCACCAAAGAGAAGAAGUUCCCCAACUGGGCGCCUGGGAUUCGAGCCACCUUGCCCGUCACCAUCUUCUUCAUGCUAUCGAACCUGUAUCUUGCAAUCGCACCGUAUGUGCCCCCAAGUGCAGGCCAGAAUGUGUAUGAGGAGCUUCCGUAUUAUCUUCACUGUGUCGUGGCCCUGGGUCUGUUUGCCGCGGGUGCAAUCUACUACCUUGUUUGGGCUGUGUUGUUGCCAUGGUACGGGGGAUAUGUGCUUGUCAAGGAAUCUGUCGUUGAUGCCGAUGGAUGGUCUCAAAGUGUUUUUACGCGACUACCAUUGGCUCGAACAGAGAGGUCUUAG